GUCAUUUGAAGGUUAGCAGCCUGGGAAGGGUUCACAGAAAGUUCACUCGCAUAUAUUAGGCAAUUCAAUCUUUCAUUCUGUGUGACACAAGUAGUAGGAAGUGAGCUGUUCAGAGGCAGAAGGAUCUAUUCAUGGCUGAGGGGGAUCCAGAGGUCCUACCGGAGCUGUUUCGACCCCGGGACUCGGCCGUCGGCACGGCGCGAGAAGCUGCAGGCAGCCGGCAAGCGCCUGAGGAGCGGGACUGGUUCUAGAGAGAUUUUGGGGGAGAUUGAACGGAGCUAAAACUUGGAAUGCGGCUUGCUUCCCCCCAUCUUGCUGGAUUGGCUGGGCAGCCUGGAAAAUGGUAAAUGAUCAUUUGGAUCAAUUACAGGCUUUUAGCUGUGUUGUCUGUCAUAAUUCAUGAUUCUGGUCUGGGAAAAAGACCAACAGCCUACGUGCCAAAAAAGGGGCAGAGUUUGAUGGAGUUGGGUGUACUUUUAUGUGCCAUUUUCCUCCACACCUAGAGGAAAGCACUUUUGCAGGCAUUCUGUACAGGGGGAAUCAUGUUUGACUGUAUGGAUGUUCUAGCAGUGAGCCCUGCUCAGAUGCUGGAUUUCUACACUGCGAGUCCGUCUUCCUGCAUGCUCCAGGAGAAGGCUCUCAAAGCAUGCUUCAGUGGAUUGGCACAAACAGAGUGGCAACACCGGCACAGUGCUCAAUCAGUUGAAACUCAGAGCACCAGUUCUGAGGAACUUGUUCCAAGCCCUCCUUCACCACUUCCACCCCCGCGUGUUUACAAGCCCUGUUUUGUCUGUCAAGACAAAUCAUCUGGAUAUCACUAUGGUGUCAGUGCUUGUGAGGGAUGUAAGGGCUUUUUCCGCAGGAGUAUCCAGAAGAACAUGGUUUACACAUGUCAUAGAGAUAAGAACUGUGUUAUCAAUAAAGUUACCAGAAAUCGUUGCCAGUACUGCAGACUACAGAAGUGCUUUGAAGUGGGAAUGUCCAAAGAAUCUGUCAGAAAUGAUAGGAACAAAAAGAAGAAGGAACCUACAAAGCAGGAGUCCACAGAAAACUAUGAAAUGACAGCAGAGCUGGAUGAUCUCACUGAGAAGAUCCGAAAAGCUCACCAGGAAACCUUCCCCUCGCUCUGCCAGCUGGGAAAAUACACUACAAAUUCUAGUGCAGACCAUCGGGUUCGACUGGACCUUGGGCUAUGGGACAAAUUCAGUGAACUUGCAACAAAGUGCAUUAUUAAAAUAGUGGAAUUUGCAAAACGAUUGCCAGGCUUUACAAGCUUGACCAUUGCAGACCAGAUAACUCUACUUAAAGCAGCCUGCCUGGACAUACUGAUCCUCAGAAUUUGCACAAGAUACACACCGGAACAAGACACCAUGACAUUUUCAGAUGGCCUUACCCUGAACCGAACUCAGAUGCACAAUGCUGGAUUUGGCCCCCUGACCGACCUCGUGUUCACCUUUGCCAACCAGCUCCUGCCUUUGGAAAUGGAUGACACAGAAACCGGUCUCCUUAGUGCCAUCUGCUUGAUCUGUGGAGAUCGCCAGGACCUUGAAGAACCAAUGAAAGUGGAUAAGCUUCAGGAACCGUUGCUUGAAGCACUGAAAAUUUAUAUCCGAAAGAGACGACCCAACAAGCCUCACAUGUUUCCAAAGAUCUUAAUGAAAAUCACAGAUCUUCGUAGCAUCAGUGCAAAAGGUGCGGAACGUGUCAUUACAUUGAAAAUGGAAAUUCCUGGAUCCAUGCCACCUCUUAUUCAAGAAAUGUUGGAGAACUCUGAAGGACACGAACCACUGACACCAACCUCAAAUGGAAAUACUGCAGAACACAGCCCGAGUAUCUCACCCAGCUCAGUGGAUAACAGCAGUGUCAGUCAAUCCCCUAUGGUGCAAUAAGACAUUUUCCAGCUACUUCAGACAUUCCUAACACCUUAUGUACAGGGAUGAAAAGCAAGAAAAACAUUUUUACUGCUGCUUACUUUCUGGACUUAAUAUAUAUCUAUAUAUGUGUAUAUAUAUAUAGAUAAAAACUCAACAAGGACCAAGAAAUUUUCAUAUGUAUCGAUAUAUACUCCUUGCUGUUUAAACUCUUAAAAUAGAAAAUGCAAACUUUUGAAACUCUAAAUCAGCCAUUUCAUGCA